UCAGCUCUCCGAGGCAGGCCGAUGGAGCUCCACCUGCCCAAGUUCUCCCUCUCCAGCCUCUAUCACCUGGAAGGCGUCCUCCCCCGGCUGGGCAUGAGGAAGGUCUUCAGCAAGAAGGCCGACCUGUCGGGGAUCACAGGUGACAAGAACCUGGCGGUCUCUCAGGUGGUGCACAAGAGCCUGAUGGACGUGGCCGAGACGGGCACCGAAGCCGCCGCCGCCACGGGAGUCAGUGUGAUGCUCAAGUCCGCCAGACUCCCACGGGCCUCCGUGAAGUUCAACAGGCCCUUCCUGUUCACCAUCCUGUCCGAGGACACCCAGAGCAUCCUCUUCUGCGGCAAAGUGGCCAACCCCAGCGCAGCCUAGAGCUCCCUCCCCCUCGUGCCCUGGCCGUGGAGGGCGCCUGUCUCCGGGGGCAGCCUGGCCCCGUGCACAGGGAGCUGGUGGGCCUCGCCCUGCCUGCUCCCUCCUGGGGGAGCGCCCGUGACUGCUGGUGGCUCCCACACGUGCCUCCGAGGCUCUGUGACCUCCGAUGGCAAUAAACCAGGGGCCUCGGC